AUGUCGACAUCAUAUGAUCAGCAAGCAUCAGAUCGUGUGGUGAAAUCUUUUAGGACGGCUCUCCUAGGAAAGGAAGGUGCCCACGAUCUCGCUGCAAAAGUACCAACGCCAGCUCCAGUCGUGGAUCCUGAAACUUCGAAAAGGCCAAAAUUCGAUAUAGACGAACAUUUGCUCCCAUUUGAUGAGCUCUUGACCAAACUAGACACAUCCGCAGAUCAAAAAACACCAACGAAAUCAUUCGGGCUGACUCUAGCUGAAGUGACGUCGCGUCAGACUCUCCACGGAAAGAAUGCUAUAACUCCUCCAAAACCAAGACCAAUUUAUCUCAAAUUCGUCGAGUGUCUUGCAAAUCUAUUCAACCUCAUUCUCAUCAUUGCUGGAAUUGGACACAUUAUACUCUAUCUGGUGGAUCCUUUCGAUAAUGAGUCUAAUAGCUACAUUGGUGGUAUCCUCAUUGCAGUGUCUUUUAUCAACGCAGUAGUGGAGGUUUACGAGCUUCAAAAGAUUGCUGCCAUUCUGAAAUCAUUUCUGCAAAUGAUUCCGCAUCGAUGCACUGUAAAUCGUGCCGGCAAGUCUGAACAGACUCUCGCUUCUGAACUGGUACCAGGAGAUGUAGUGUUUGUAAAACUGGGCGACAAGGUCCCAGCAGAUUGUAUCGUAUUCGCUGCUACAGAUCUCCGAGUCGACAUUUCAUCAUGGACUGGAGAAGCAGAUCCUCUUGAACGUACAGGAAAAGUCGGCACCGAAGUCGAUGCAAUGAGAGCUCAAAAUGUGAUUCUGAAUGGAUCUCUGAUUGUGGGCGGUGAAGGAUUUGCUAUAGUAGUCCGUACAGGAGACAAGACUGCAUUAGGCCGUGUUGCGAGCUCUACUCGAAAAGAAAAGAAGAGAAGGUCACCGUUAUCAUACGAAAUUCGACGAUUCUGUAAAACCAUUUCAUUCUUGGCUUCAUCUACCGCUUUUAUAUUCUUUAUUGCAUCGCUGGCUAGAGGACAGAAUCUGAACUAUUCGCUUCACUUUUGUAUUGGGAUUCUGAUUGCUUGGAUUCCUCAAGGAUUACCACUUACAGUUACCAUGCUCUUGACAAUUGCGGGACGACGAAUGACGGAACGCAAUGUAUUGGUCAAGGAUUUACAUGGCGUAGAAACGCUGGGUGCCAUUACCAUGCUAGCUACAGACAAGACGGGAACACUCACCAAAAACAGAAUGUCGGCCAUUCAUGUAUGGACUGGUUUAACAUUUUGGAGUGCUCUGCCUGCCGCAAGUAAAGACGUGCACCAGCAAGACCAAGACGAUGACCUGAAAGCCAAAGAACUUCGAGUCGAUGCAUCAGGUGUCCUUCCCAUUCUCAUGGCCGCAGCCACAUGCACCCGAGCACGAUUUGAAAAGACGGACAACAUACAUAUCAACGAUCGAGUGAUUAUCGGUGAUGCCACGGACGCUGGGCUUUUACGUUUCAGUGGAAGUCGACUAGCCAAUAUCGAUGCAUUGUCGGACUUGUAUCCAAAAGUGUUUGAAAUUCCAUUCACUUCCGACACUGGUGUCCAUAUGACGAUUCACAGAAAGGGGCAUCGAGAUGGUGCUUUGACACUAUAUUGUAAAGGAGCGCCAGAACGAGUGCUUGGAAAAUGUAGUAGUAUACUCAUCGACAACCGUGAAGUGCCACUUGGUGAAGAGCACAAGAGAUACUUCCAGAAUGCGUAUGAAGGAAUGGCCAAACGAGGCCAUCGAGUAAUUGCGUUUGCUCAACUCUUGCUGAGUGGAGCCAAAUAUACAGACAACUUUCGAUUCGCAUUGGACAAGAAGAAUUACCCAACCGAUGGUCUCUGCUUUUUGGGUCUUGUCAGUUUGGACGAUCCUCCCAAGCACGGUGUACGAGAAGCUAUUGGAGAGCUCCGUAAUGCUGGCAUCAAGGUCGUCAUGAUAACUGGUGAUCACCCACUCACUGCUGAAGCAGUAGCAAGAAGGCUCAACAUUAUUACAGGUCAAACGCGAGAGGCUAUCGCUGCUAAAGAACACGUCAAUCCAACCAACGUACCCAAAGACGAAUACACUGCUCGUGUCAUCCGUGGUGAAGAAAUCUCGUCUUUGACUGAAGCUCAGUGGCACGAGAUAUUGAAUACAGAAGAAGUCGUGUUCGCUCGAACAUCGCCUAAACAUAAAUUAGAGAUUGUGACGAGGGCUCAAGCUAUGGGACAUAUUGUUGGAGUUACUGGUGAUGGUGUUAAUGAUGCGGCUGCUUUGAAGAAGGCUGAUUUGGGGAUUGCUAUGAACAAGACUGGAUCUGAUGUUAGUAAGGAAGCUGCCGGUAUGAUUUUAUUGGAUGAUGAUUUUGCUACUACAGUGCAAGGAGUGUUGGAAGGACGCAUCAUAUUUGUCAACCUUAAAAAGUGCAUUCAGUACACAUUGACGCAUAUCAUGCCAGAAGUAAUUCCAUACCUGCUCUUUGUGCUAGUACCACUUCCACUAGCCAUCAAUGCCGUGCAGAUCCUGGUGGUCGAUUUAGGAUUUGAAAUGUUUACGACCUUAUCCUUUGCAUGGGAGCCUGCAGAAGACGCCGAAGCACUUAUGAAACAAUCACCUCGACGACCAGUUCGUAUCACCCGGUACCAAGAUUCCAAACCUGCUGAACCAUCUACCCUAGCUAUUCCAGGAGGACCAUCAUCGAGCUCUUCUCAUCCACAUACAGCAACAGAGCAUGAAACACUACAGAUCGAUAUACCAAUGCACAAGCGACUUUUGGACGGCGAUGACGACGAUGACGACGAUUUGCUGUCGUCUGGUAUUGAAAAGACACAAAAGACAUUGAAUCAACGAUGGAGAAGAUACGGAAACGAGUUGACGAAUAUUACGAGACGACAAUACUGGACUGAGUGGAUUUUGGAAUGGAGGUCUAUUCUGUUUACACCUGUUGGAGAGCGUCUUGUUGAUGCUGAAGUGCUGAGUUGGGCCUAUCUGGAGGGUGGACUGAUAGAGUUUGCCGGUGCUUUUGUGACAUUUUUCAUCAUCUUUGGAAGCUUUGGAUUAGACGCUAAUCUGAUACGGGUUGCGCAAAAGGCUGGCAAGUACUUUAGACCUAGUGCGCCUGAUUUGGAGUUGCCUGAUGGGUCCUUUUUGGGCGCUGACGGGCAAAUACGGGCUUUAAGAGAAAGUCAAUCAGGAUUCUACUUGUCGAUACUGAUUAUUCAAAUGUGGAAUCUGUUUGCUUGUAAAGCUAGGCAUGGGUUGCCGUUUGGAUCCUUGGUUUUGAAAAACAAGAAGACAUGGCUCAGUAUCUGUGCUGGGUCAGCAUUCGGAUUGACUAUGGUGUACGCACCAUUCCUCAGUGACUUGUUCCUAACAUCCGACGAACUCAGUCCCAUCUUCUUUUUAAUUCCAAUGGCUUUUGGUCUAAUCUUGAUUGUGUAUUCGACAUUGAGGAGGCUAUUGCUCAGGUAUAUUCAUCCUGAAAGGUGGGCGAUACAGAAUGACAGGAUGAAUUUGUUGCCUUCUACAAUGUCGUUAAAUGCGUUGAGACCUUAG